UCUUAAAUAUAUGGUCUAAAUGCAUGGCAUUUUACUAUCGUGCUCCCUAGCUACUCCAGUUAUUCUGUGCUAAAAAAUAAACUGUAAAAUCAACCUUCAACCUACUAAUUUUAUCAUAAUAUAUUAAAAAAUAAAUUUAAUUUUGUCUUCAUUUCCAUUUUUAAUUUUUAACAUUUUUUUCCCUGAAACUAUUCAGUAUAUUGUAGUUAAUUUUAAUAAUUAUAGUUAAAGAAAUAGACUUUAACAACGUGUGUCGUGUUCAUUAACCUGUGAUAUUAUUUCAAUUAAAUAAUUAGAAUAUACCUUAAGAGAAUCAUGCCUGAUACGUACACCUGUAUAACCUGCCAGGUUCUCUUUAAUUCUGCUGAUUUGCAACGAGAACACUAUAAAUUAGAUUGGCAUAGGUAUAAUUUGAAGAGGAAAGUAGCUGGUAUCCCUCCAGUAACUUUAGAAGAAUUCGAGCAAAGGGCUAAGGAGCACAAGGAACAAAGCCAAAAUGAAAACUGUGACGAAUCAGUUUAUUGUAAAUGUUGUUCCAAAUUGUUUAACACUAAAAAUGCUUACAACAAUCAUCUGAAUAGUAAGAAGCAUAAGUUAGCUGAACAGAAAAGUGUUCAAAGUGAUAUAGAAAAUGGGAAACAAGAGGAUGAUAGCCAUUCUGAAACAAAUAGUUUUGAGAAGAUUGAGAGUAAUCCACAGCCCCAAGAGAAAUUUGUUGUAGUAAAAGCUGACAAUCAGUCUGAUGAUGAGGAUAUUGAAACUGAUUCAGAAAUUGAAGAGCUUGAUUCAGAUGAGUGGGAUGAAUGUAGAGUUAAGGGUAGUGAUUCUCUUAUUAAACCCCAGGAUUGUCUGUUCUGUGGUCACCAUAGUAAGAACAUGGUGAAGAAUCUUAGACACAUGUCUGUUACACAUUCAUUCUUCAUACCUGAUGUGGAAUACUGCAUUGAUCUCAAGGGACUGCUUCUGUAUCUGGGGGAAAAAAUAUCUCAAGGGUAUAUGUGCUUGUGGUGCAAUGACACUGGCAAGACAUUCUAUUCAAUGGAUGCAGCACAGGGUCACAUGAUAGAUAAAGGACAUUGCAAGGUGCUUCAUGAAGGAAUUGCUUUGGCAGAGUACUCUGAUUAUUAUGAUUACAGCUCCUCAUACCCUGAUCAUGCAGAUGGUGAUGAAGAUAUGGUGGUGGAUGAACCAGCAGGUGCCACUACAAUUGAUGCAGAUAAUUUCCAACUGGUUCUCCCGUCUGGUGCAGUUGUUGGACAUAGAUCCUUACUGAGGUACUACAAACAAAACUUGCCAGCGAGCACAGAAGUGGUUCUAAAGAAGUCAGAACGCAAAUUGCAUCAUUUGUUGGGAGUGUAUCGGGCCUUGGGUUGGGCGCCCAAGGAACAGGCAGCUGUUGCCAAGAACGCCCGCGACAUUCACUUUAUGAAGCGUGUUCAAUCAAAAUGGCAGAUGAAGAUGUCGAUGAAAAAUAACAAGUUUCAGAAACAUUACAGGCCUCAGGUCAACUUUUAGGUAUAUUUUCUUAUUUUAUAACAAACUGUGUGUAGUUGCGAUCCACGAAAAUCGCUUUUGUCUCGUGUAUUUUAUUUGUUAAAGCGAAAUUUAAAUGAACUUGUUGAAUGGGCUAUUUGACAAGACUUUAAAAAUAAUUUCCGAUUUUACAUUUUUAGUAACUAAGUAUACAAAUUGGUCUUUUAAUUUUGUUAAGUAUUUUAAACGAGUUAAGCUUAAACAUUCAUUUCGAGAACGCGUUGAAAUGCAAGAUGGCGUCGCGUAAGUCUAUGUAAACAAACGUCAAGUUUUUUUACGUAUCAAUCAUAAUUCUUAAAUUACACAAAUAACAGGUAAAUGUCUAAAUUUAAAAAAAAUCUAUAAAAAAACAGUCUAGACGAAAGUAAACUGAUUAUUUACAUGUUAUGUCACCGUCGAAUCGACUUAUCUGUGACCGUUUUGUGUCACGUGACUGACGUAUAAAAAUCUAUAUUUCAUUAACUACAUUUCCAUUAAUAUUUACAAGUUAUUUUACGACGUAACGCUUUUAAAGCCACGUUUUAUACAGAUUGCUCUAAAACACUGUUUCAUACUGUCAAAUAGCCUAUUUUGGCGUAAAUAUUGUACUCUUGUACACUAGUAAUUUCAUAUAUACGCGUGUUACACGCACGCGUUUAGUAUUUUAUAAAAUUAAUAAAAAAGUUUAAGCAAAUCUAGGGAAAAUAAUGUAACCAUCAUUCCAUUUACGUUACCGCACAAUAAAUACCGAUGGAGUGACUACAUAAUAUCAUUGUGUCGUGUUAUGUGCUGUUAUUUAAAAAGCAAUAAAAACGUUAAGUUUA